UAAUCGUAAGUAAUCUUUUUUGUGAUUAAGUGUAAUAAUAAUCAUUUUCAAUUUGAUUUAAAUAUUUUUAAUUAUCCGAUAUCGUUUAAUAUUCGUCGAUAUUUUUAUCGUCUAUUAUUAUUAUUAUUAUUAUUAUUGUUCGUUUCAACGUCGUCGUGCCGGAUUUUAUCCUCUUAAUGCGUAUGUGCGUGUUUGUUCGCGCUCGCGCGUAAGAGUGAGAGAGAGAGAGAGAGAUAAAGAGAGAAAGAGAGAGAGAGAGAGAGAGAGGAAGAGAGAGAGAGAAUUAUCGAUUUAAGUUCGACGAGGAGAAGAUAGUUUGGAGUGAGCCAGUUGAUCGGUCACGUAUCACCACAAGGGAGAAGAUCUCAAAGAGUUUCAAUGUCGUGGAACGUCAUCGGGCAAGUUCUUUUAAUUUUACUUGGUUUAUUUUUUAUCGAUGACGUCACGUCAGAUCUCAAUGGGCCAAAGAUUUUCGAAAGGGAUCGAUCCUACAACGAUGACCUGUCUGACAUUUAUACGACACUGAUAACUGUCGGAAUGGAAGCGAAAUUGUUGAAACCAGUGGAGAAUCCUGAUUGGCUAGGACCAGAAAAUCUUGGCCAGAUUUCUGGUGUCUCGGUGGAUCCUUUGGGAUAUCCAGUCGUCUUCCAUCGAGCCGAUCGAUUGUGGGAAUACGGUACCUUCACCAAUGACAACGUUUAUCAAGAAGAAUAUAAAGGACCGAUUAAAGAAAAUACUGUGCUAACGUUGGAUCCUAAAACUGGUGAAGUUAUACGUGGUUGGGGAAAUCACACGUUUUAUUUGCCACACGGUAUACACAUUGAUAAUUUUGGAAACGUGUGGUUGACCGAUAUUGCACUCCAUCAAGUUUUUAAGUACAACAGUAAUGGGACUCUCGGAUUGUCACUUGGUCAACGAUUCGAGCCAGGAAACGAUUUUGAACACUUUUGUCAACCAACGUCGGUAGCCGUGGCACCGUCGACAGGCGAGAUCUACGUAGCUGACGGAUAUUGCAAUCGUAGGAUUGUUCUCUUCGAUUCAAUGGGAAAGCCACGUUACAUCAUAGAAGGACACCGAAUAAAUCUACUGAUACCACAUUCAUUAACGAUAUUAUCCAAUGGAGAUCUCUGCGUUGCUGAUCGAGAAAAUGGAAGAGUACUUUGUGUAAAUGUUAGACCUUUUGGAUCGAAAAUCAUUAUCUCUAAACCACCGUAUUCUGUCUCAUUCUUUGGUCGAGUUUUCGCUGUUGCCUCUUAUCGUGACUGGAUUUACGCCGUGAAUAAGAUGGUGUUCAGUUCAAGUGCAAUAGGCUACAUGAUAAAUCCAUAUACUCGAAGAAUCAACAAUCUAUGGUACCCUAAAUACGACAAUUUUCAAAAUCCACAUGACAUCGGGAUAUCCCCCAACGGCACGUCACUUUACGUCAGCGAAAUAGGUCCUAACAAAGUAUGGAAGUUCGAUUUGAUAAAAAAAGUAUGAAAAUCAACGAACGAUCCUAGACUUGUGUAAAAAUGACGUUAACCAAAAUAAAAAAAAAAAAAAAAAGAAAAAA